AAGGAGAGGACAACCAGGACCAGGGGCGGACCAAAGGGGGCCAAAAACUCACCAGGUAUGGCGGCGGUGUUGCCGAGGACCCUGGGUGAGCUGCAGCUCUACCGGAUCCUGCAGCGGGCAAACCUGCUCUACUACUACGAGGCCUUCAUCCAGCAGGGCGGCGAUGACGUGCAGCAGCUGUGCGAGGCCGGGGAGGAGGAGUUCCUGGAGAUCAUGGCCCUCGUCGGCAUGGCCAGCAAACCGCUGCACGUGCGUCGACUCCAGAAGGCGCUGCGCGACUGGGUCACCAACCCGGCGAUCUUCAACCAGCCGCUCACCUCGCUGCCCGUCUGCAGCAUCCCGGUCUACAAGCUGCCCGAGGGCUCGCCCACGCUGCUCAGCGCUCAGGACCGAGCCAACACGGCGAGCGUCAAGAUCCCCAAAGCCGUCGCGGCGACCUGCUCGGACCCGGGGAAGCUGGACGUGGCGCGGGACAAAGUGUCGGCAGGUUCGCCGCUGCAGGGAAGCAGCGAGGGUCGAUUCUGGUCGGGCCACAGCAACGACAGCGAGCACAGCCUGUCGCCCUCGGACCUGGGCUCGCCGUCCUCGCCCAGAGACGCUCUGGAGGCUCUGGACGCUGCGGCCGUCCAGUCAGUCCUGGAGUGUGUGGACAGAAUGGCACCCGGACUCCCUAAGACGGACCUGGCUGAGGUGAAAGAGCAACUGAAAAACAACAAAAAGCUCGCGAAGAUGAUCGGUCACAUCUUUGAAAUGAGCGACGACGACCCGCGGCGGGAGGAGGAGAUUCGUAAAUACAGCGCCAUCUAUGGACGCUUUGACUCCAAGCGGAGGGACGGCAAACACCUGACGCUGCACGAGCUCACGGUGAAUGAGGCGGCGGCUCAGCUCUGUAUGAGGGACAUGGCUCUGCUGACGCGUCGGGACGAGCUGUUCGGACUCGCCCGGCAGAUCUCCAGAGAGGUCACCUACAAAUAUACGUAUCGGACCAGCAAGUCUCGCUGUGGAGACCGGGAUGAGCCGUCCCCGAAAAGGAUAAAAACAGAGGAGAACUUCUUUGACAUCCAGGAGGCGCUGCAGGCCAUCCACAUGAGACAGGAGAUGCUGAGGGAGCAGCUGGCCUGCGCCAAGUUGAAAGGAGAGGAGAUGGUCGGGCGGAAUCUGCAGAUGCAGCUGGAGCGUCUGCUGGCGAGGCAGAUGGAGAUCCUGCAGGACGCCGCCGUUCAGGAGCGACUCCAGGCUCUGGACUGGAGGAUCCCGCCCGCCGCUUUGAAGUACCUCAACGACGCCCAGAACACUAACGGAGCCGCCGCCGACGCCAGCAGAGACAACCAAGACGAUCGUCCCAUCAACUUACGGGUGGUCAGUCAAAACAUGCAGGAGGGCGAGCUCCCGCUGGGCAAGCAGCUCGCCAAUGAGCUGAAGCGUCAUCACAACCACAACAACAACAACAACAACCACAACCAUAACAACCACAACCAUAACACAGAUGAGACCAAAACACCAGCAACAGAAAACGGGACAUCGCAGCGGGUUCCCAGUAACACAGAAAAGAAGACGAUCAAGUCAGAGCCCGAAGACUCCACAUAGUGCCUCCCACCACCACCACCACCACACCCAACCCCCCCCCGUUAUAACCCCCUCCCAGAUCAUUCUACUCACACUUGACAGUAUGCAGUUAUUACUCAUCAAUAGAUACUAAGCAAGCACAGCCACAGUAGAGCCUUAACAACCAAUGUUGCCUCAUGAAUAGCAUUUAGUUUUAUUUUGAUUUUGUCCUCUUUGGUUUUUUUUUUAACAUUUGCCAAAGCACCGAGAGAGCACGUCACUGCUCAGCAGGUCUUUGUCUUUGUGGAUUAAUUGUACAUGUUAGACAUACAUGUAAUUUAAGAGCGAUCUGUUGCAGACAUGUGUUUACUCUUUACCUCUGCCUGGGUAUUUUCCUUUUUUAUUAUUUAGUUGAGGAAAGCCAGGUUGCAAGCAGGGACGUCGGGGCUGAGUCUUAAGUGUUGGUAUCAAGUUAUACGACUCCCACAAAGUCCGUUUCACUGGCUUGUACUUUGAGAACUGAAGCUGCAGAUGUUGCCGAUAUUUAAUCCAACAUUUCAAGUGUUUCCUGCUGAUUUGGUUCCAGCUAUUUUAUGCCAAAUCUUUUAGUCCAAACAGAGAAGAUAAUGAUACACAAUUUGAUGGAUUGCCAGUCAAUUUGGCACAGACAUUGAUAGUUUCCAUAAGAUGAGUACUAAAAAUGAAGGUGAGCCAAUUAUAUCAUGGCAUCCAUGUUACUCUAAAGAGGAAUUAAUUAAUCUUUUGGCCAAUGCUAAUGUUUAUGACCAAAUCCUUGUCAAACUAAUAAGAAAAAUAGUGUCCUCUGUACUUUGUAUGGAGUGUUUCUAUUGGAAACAGGGUUUUCACGCACAGCUGUGUUGGCAGCAAAUUUGAAGAUUAAUUUCACCAAAUCACUGUCGCCAUGAAUUUUAGUGGUACAUUUAAGGUCCCAGUUUUAUGAGAUUAGAACAGUUGCUUUGUGUUCACAUCAUAGAACGUGUAAUUAUGAAUAUUUAUGGCAAAAAUUAGUCAAUAGUAGCCAAUUUAAGAUGGAAGCAAUUACUCGUGAUCUAAUUUUGCGGUUAUGGCCACAAAUGUAAUUGUCAAGGAUGCAGUGGCUGCUUCAGUAACAGUCAAAAGUUUAAAGGAAUACUUCACAGUUUUGCAUUUAGCUUUGUGUUACUAGAAUGAUUAGAGGUAUGUUUUUGAAAAACUCAGUUUCCUCUGAGUUGAGGCUAGAAACUGCGAUGCUAAUUCUUUGACCCACUCUUAGGGAUGAGAAUGUAAACAGUGUCCGCCAUCUUUGCUAACACUUAUGCUAACAGGACCA